GAUGGAGAAUCUGUACGUGAAUCGGUUUAUGCACAUGUUUCAAUCUUCAUGGAGUGAUUUUGCAGACUUUGAGAAGAUUUUUGUUCGCAUCAGCAACACAAUUUCAGAGUACGUCAUGCAGCACUGGCAGGAGGAUUUCAUGUUUGGAUACCAGUUUCUGAACGGAUGCAAUCCCGUCAUCUUCAAGAAAUGCAACAGAUUGCCGGAGAAAUUCCCCGUUACCAAUGAAAUGGUGCAGAUCUGCCUGGAGCGGCAAAUGACACUGGAAGAAGAGAUCGAGAAAGGAAACAUUUACGUGGCAGACUACGAGGUGAUGGAUGGAAUUCCUGCCAACUGCACUGAUCCCUGCACCAUCCAGUACCUGACAGCACCCCUGUGCCUGCUGUACAAUAAUGCCCAAAAUAAGCUGGUGCCCAUCGCAAUCCAGCUGAAACAAGAACCUGGGCCAGAUAAUCCCAUAUUCCUCCCCACUGACGAUAAGUAUGAUUGGUUGUUGGCAAAAAUAUGGGUGAGGUCAACAGACUUUCACGUUCAUCAGACUGUCACCCAUCUCCUGAAGACUCACCUUAUGUCGGAAGUGUUUGGUAUAGCUCUGUAUCGACAGCUCCCAGCUGUUCACCCUCUGUUCAAGCUCUUGGUGCCUCAUGUUCGAUUUACCAUUGCAAUUAACACCAAAGCAAGGGAGCAGCUGAUCUGUGAGUGUGGCCUCUUUGACAAGGCGAACGGCACAGGAGGAGGGGGUCACGUUCGAAUGGUUCAACGAGCCAUGUCCGAACUCAACUAUAAAUCCUUCUGCUUUCCUGAGAGCAUCAAGAUGCGUGGGCUAGACAACACUGAUGCUCUUCCUUAUUACUACUACAGGGAUGAUGGCCUGAGAGUCUGGGAAGCUGUCCAGAGUUUUGUCACCGAAGUGGUGAACAUUUAUUAUGAUGAUGAUGAGGCUGUUCAGACAGACCAGGAACUGCAGGCCUUUAUGAAGGAUGUCUUUGUGUACGGUCUGAAGGACAACAAAAGCACAGGCUUUCCCAAAACAGUCAAGACAAUUGAGAAGCUGAUUGAGUAUCUAACUGUGGUCAUCUUUACCGCCUCUGCUCAACACGCUGCUGUCAACUUUGGCCAGUAUGACUGGUGUUCGUGGAUCCCGAACUCUCCUCCCACAAUGCGGCAGCCCCCACCUUGCCAGAAAGGUGUUGUGAAUGUGGAGUACAUCAUUGAGAGUCUGCCAGACAGAGGGCGCUCAUGCUGGCAUCUGGGUGCUGUAUGGGCACUCAGCCAGUUUCAGGACAAUGAGCUGUUCCUUGGAAUGUAUCCAGAUGAACACUUCAUAGAAAAGCCUGUCAAGGAAGCUAUCCGGAAUUUCCAAGUGCACCUUCAAGAAAUUUCAAAUCGGAUUGCAGAACGCAAUAAGAAUAAGAAGCUUCCAUAUUACUACUUCUCUCCAGAUAGAAUACCCAAUAGUGUAGCAGUCUAAGGGUCUGAUGUGCCUCAAACAGAGAGAGAAAGAGACACAGAGAGAGAGAGAGAGAGAGAGAGAGAAUAUGGUCAAAUGGAAUAGGCAGAAAAUCUCCACUUCAUGCUUUACAUGUUUUGCAAUCGGCUCCUUGUGUGAAAAUCAUCACUUCUGAUUUUUGAAUCAUCUUCUGCUUAAAGCAAUGAUGUGAAUAUGAGGCUUUAGCACAGUCAGGCUUUGAUGCAUUGCAUGCAGGCAACCCUGCUUUAACCCUGAGAAUCCCUCACCCUUACUCCUGGACAUAAAUCUCCCCAGAUUAACCUCAGCACUAGUGAAGAAAAUCUGGGUCUAUGGUUAUUUUAAUUUGCCUCCUGGUUUGUAACAUUUUAAACUUAUUUCAUCUUUUGGAACAAAGUACUUAAUGCCCAUUCCUAUUUGUCCCUGGAAAGAUGGUGAGAAGGUGGCCUUCUUGAUCCACUGCAGUUUUUGAGGCAAAAGUGUUUCUUGUUAUGAGGAAUGUCCCAGGAUUUUGAUCUGGCAAAAAUGAAGGGGUGAAGACAUUUAUCCAAAUUGGCUGCACGUUGGUUCAGUGGUUAGCACUGCAGCCUCGUGGGACCAGGAGCCCAGGUUCGAUCCCAUCUUUGGGCAACAGUCUGUGUGGAGUUUGCACAUCUGCAUCUUUUUCUUCAGAGUGCUUCGGUUUUCUCCCACAGUCCAAAGGUGUGCAGGCUAAGUGGAUUGGCCAUGCUAAAUUGUCCGUAGUGUCCAGGGCUGUGCAGGCUAGAUGGAUUAGCUUGGUGAUGUGUGGGUUAUAAGGUACGGGGGGUGGGUCUGGGUAGGAUGCUCUUCAGAGGGUUGGUGUGGACUCGAUAAGCCCACAUGGCCUGUUUCCACACUGUUUGGAUUCUGUGAUUCUAAAUCAAGAUGACAUGUAGAUCAUGGAGAGAUUUGCAGGUACUCGGCGUCUUAUGACAUUAUUGACCUCGUCCCCACUGACAGCUGUUGCCAGGUUGAGGAAUGCUUAAAAACAAAAUACAACAAUAAUCCUUUGUCAACAAGACAUGCUUCUUUAGCCAGGCAUGAUUUGGAGAUGCUGGUGUUGGACUGGGGUGUACAAAGUUAAAAAUCACACAACACCAAUUUAUAGUCCA